AUGCGGAAGUGGAAGACAGACACUGGAGUCUGUAUCACUAUGCAGAGGCGUGGAGAUAAUGGUAGAAAAUACAAGAAGAUGGUUAUUGCAACAACACUGCUGUGGCUCGUUUUGCUGACUGGUAUCUUGAUGUGUCUGCUGUUCUUCAGGAGAACCAGGCGACCAAAUGAGCCUCCUCUGGACCGUGGAUUAGUUCCAUGGCUGGGGCACGCACUUGACUUUGGCAAAGAUGCUGCCAAGUUUCUUUCAAAAAUGAAAGCAAAGCAUGGGGAUAUUUUCACAGUCCAAGCUGCCGGGAAAUUCAUAACUGUCCUAUUGGAUCCUCAUUCAUAUGAUACUGUUGUAUGGGAGUCAAGCAGCAAGCUCGAUUUUGGAAAAUAUGCAAAAAUGCUAAUGGAGAGGAUGUUUGAUGUUACAUUGCCAGAUUAUGACCCUGCUGAAGAAAAGGCCAUGAUGAAGAUGCAUCUGCAAAACAAGAGUCUCCCAUCCCUGACAAAGUCAAUGUUUCAUAAUCUGAACACUAUUCUUCUAAAUGACACAGAAUUAACAUCUUCAGAAUGGAAGGAAGCUGGAUUAUUUAACUUUACUUACAAUGUUAUGUUAAGGGCUGGAUAUUUAACUCUUUUUGGCAAUGAGUCAGAACAAUAUACCAAUUCCUAUUCUAAAGUUAAAGACAUCAAGAUUUCAGAAGAAGUGUACAAUAACUUUCGAAAACUGGAUCAUCUGCUUAUGAAGGCAGCGCGUAAUAUGUUAUCACCUGCAGAGAAAAAGGAAAUAACAUUAACUAAGGAGCAUCUCUGGCACCUCUUGAACAUAGGACGUCUUAAAGCAAAAGCUAAUAGAAGUAAAUGGCUGGAUGGCUACCAGCGCCACCUAGAGGACCUCAAGGUGAAUGAAGAAAUGCAGGCCAAAGUCAUGCUCCUGCAGCUAUGGGCUACUCAGGGGAAUGCUGGGCCUGCUGCAUUUUGGCUUCUCUUGUUUUUGUUGAAGCAUCCCAAAGCUAUGGCCGCUGUUCAAGGUGAAUUGGAGCAGGUGUUUAAAAGCAAAGGACAAACUAUAAAACAAAUGGGCUGCAUCAGUCAAGAAAUCCUGGACAACACAAUUAUCUUUGACAGUGCAUUAAAUGAAAGUCUGCGGUUAACAGCAGCUCCCUUCAUCACCAGGGAAGUCCUUGAGGAUAUGCGCCUGAAUCUGGCAGAUGGGAGGCAGUACCUCCUAAGGAAGGGAGACCGGGUCUGUCUCUUUCCAUACGUUAGCCCCCAGAUGGAUCCAGAAAUUCACGAAGAGCCCCAGGUAUUCAAGUAUGACAGAUUCCUAAACACAGAUGAGACAGAGAAAAAGGAGUUCUAUAAAACAGGAAUACAACUCAAACAUUACAACAUGCCGUGGGGAGCUGGAAAUAAUGUUUGUGUUGGAAGAUUUCAUGCAGUCAAUAGCAUUAAACAGUUCGUCUUCCUCCUUUUAUCAAAUUUUGACUUUGAACUCAGAAACCAGAGUGACCCCAUACCUGAUUUUGACAAGAGCAGAUAUGGAUUUGGAGUUGUACAGCCUGAAAAUGAUAUCAUUUUUCGUUUCAAAAGAAGAGUUGAGAAUAUGUAGAAAAAACAAAGAUGUUCUACUGUCACCUUUCCCUUUACAUUCUGUUUUUUGUUUGUGAAAUGUCCUGGGAUCAAACAACAUGACAGACUCGGCAAGACAGUAUAACCGUUUCACAUGGAAAUGAGAAAAAAUAACAAAUGAAAUGAAGAUUAUGAACUAAGAAGCUCAUUAUUGUAACAUUAUUAUUUAAAUAUCUAAUUUUGCAGGACAUUAUAAGUGCAACAUAAAAAUAUUUUUAGUAAAGUAAAAUGC